AUGCCUAAUUUUUUGGAGAAGCUUUCUGAGUCUUUAAGGGAAAAAGUUCUUCAUAUUGUCAGUAAAGAACCUGAUUCAAUAUCUAUCUUUCAAGAGGUCUAUAACUGUGGGAAAGAUUCUCAAGAUGAGGAUAUCGACAAUAAGAAGCGCAAACUAACCACCACGGAUACGCUGUCAGUUAAUGAUGAGAAUGUUGUGUUUGAAUUGCAGGACGUCUCUGUGCUAUCUCCCUUACGGAAAAAGCUCACUGUGCUAAUAGCAGUUGAUGAGAGAGAUCAAUCACCAAUGAUCAGCUUCAACAAAAACAACAACGUUGAAUAUGUGAUUAAUAACAUUAAGCAGUCGGUCAAAUUUUCCACCUUUUUGCCCUUUCCAGAAAAGAAGAAUUUGGUCUAUCUAUACAUGAACUACGAACGGGAUGGGUCAAACGCUGACCCUGUUCUCAUUACUUUGAAUAAAGAACAAAUACUAAAGCAGUUCAAGGAGAGAAAUCUUCUAAAAGCCGAAGACAGUGAUUUCCAGUUAUGUGUGGAUUAUAUGAGGCGUCAGGCUAUCCUUACUGGAUUUAGGAUAUCUGAUCCGUUCUCAAAAUCUGUUAUGGACUCUCAUCAUUCCUUUUUUGUCGAUUGCCAUAGAGGUAGCAAAGAAGGAACCUUGUUCUUUUUACCCGAACACAUAAUAUUCGGUUUCAAAAAGCCUAUACUCUUAUUUGAAUCGAAACAAAUAGAUGCCAUCACAUAUUCUUCAAUCACCAGACUAACUUUUAAUGUAACACUAAUUACCAAAGAUGGGGAAAGGUUCGAGUUUUCCAUGAUAGAUCAGAACAAGUUCAGCGAAAUUGACGAAUAUGUCAAGAAAAAGCAGGUAGAGGACAAGUCUAUGAGUGAUGAAUUAAAGGCCAAAACACCGAAAUCUGGACAGACAUCCGAUCAGUCUGCAUUAAAAGAGGCUUUAGAAGAGUCAGGCACAUUGGAUACAAUGAAUGGUGAGUCUGAUGACGAGGAUGACCAAAACUUUGAGGAAGAAAGUGAUCUUUCUGACGGAAGUGGUAGUGGUGAUGAUGACGAGGAUGACGAUGAUGAUGAUGACGACGAGGAUGAUGAUAGCAUUGAAAAGGGCGAUGACGGAGAAGAAGAAGAAGAUGAUAAUGAGGAAGAAGAACAAGAGGAGGAGGAGAAGGAAGAGCAAGAGCAAGAGCAGAAUAGACAAAUACUUAACCGGGCAUCCCCGAAUGCUGCACCUUCUAAUCAUUUCUCAAUGGAAAUCGAUGAAAUACCUGAUCUACUUGAUGAGAAUGGCCUAAUCCAAGAUAUUCCAAUUACAAUGGACGAUGACAACGAUGAAGAGGAAGAGGAGGGAUCUGGCGUGGAGUAUGAUUAA